AUGGGAGAUCGAAAGGUUUACGCUCAGAAAUUUGAUAGGAUGUCAGCUCUGUAUGAAGAAGUGGUAGAACGACUACGUAAAGCGUACGAAAAGAGUAGUCAGAAUUACAACCUUCGGGGAAGAAAUGUAGACCUAAACGCAGGAGAUUUUGUAUGGAAGAGGACCCAGGUGCUUUGUGAUGCUUCAAAAAAUGUUUCUAAUAAAUUUGCACCUUUGUAUGAAAAUGCAAGAUACGAAGCAAACAAGGCAAUUUACUUUACGUUUUAG